UAUCACACACCUGUCUCAAGGUAGUAGACGGCGGACACGUUGCACCAUACUUUGAAAUAUUUAUUAUACUAGGCAGAGAUUUACGCAUUUUAGCAAUAUGUCAUCACAAGAAGAUCUUAAAGCAGGCCAUGCCCCAGCAGUAAAAGCUGGUGGUAUGCGUAUUACACAACACAAGAGCCCUGCUGCCUCUGGUGCCACACCAGAGAAAAAAUCUGAGGAAAUAGCUGCUGAAGAGGAAGAAUAUGGAAGCGAACCUAAAACUGAUAAACAUCAUCAACAGGUAUUGGUGUCAGGAGCUGUAACAAAGGGUGAUAAAGAUUUCACUACCGAAGCUGUGAAGGCCAUCCAUGAGAAACCACGCCCUGCAAAGGAUGCACGACCAAACCACCCCCAUGUCCACAACAUCAACCAGCCAAGGAAAAUGUAGUCAUCUGGGUGCUGUACACUAUAUGUAACUGGAAUCAUGAUGUAGGACAAAAAAUUAAAACAGAAAGGAUGCCAUAUAUGACCAGCUGAAUAACUGAUCAUCACUCGAACUUGUAUUUUUAUGAAGACUGAAAGUGCUCAGGGUCAAGUGCAAGACCUGGUCAUAACAGUAGUGCGUUAAGUUUGAAGAAAAUAUAUUAAUUGCUUAUGAUUUUCUUUUGAUUUAAGUAAAUGAAAAUACAUAAAUUUAAUGAGGGGUCUUUCUGUGGUAAAGAUGGCAUUUUUCACAGA